CCUCCGUGGCAGGCCCCUCGGGCUUCACGGGAAGCCCUCUUUCUCUAAUUGGCAUUGAAACUUACAGCCCUCCCUUUUCCUGUAGGUGGGGUUUCCAUAGGAAAAAGCUGCUUCUCCAUUUCCCCAGCCCAGCAACUGUUUGGAAGUCAGAUCCCCACAUCCUGCUUAACUGGGUCAAGUCCCUCUUGGACCGGCUCUUGUCCAUCAUUUACUGAAGGGGACCCACGGGUGCCCCUGUGCGGGGUGUCCUUUGGCAAUUUCACUUCAUCAGUGCUUGGACCUCUGAGAUCUCUUCAGAUGAAGAUGGCCUUGCCUGGGAAUCCUGCUACUUCCAUCAUCAUCUAAUUAUGGGACGAGGCUGUGACAGCAGGUCUGGGGGCAGGAGAACGGGGCUAAUCAAGCCCCUCAGCAAACACUGGAGGACUUGCCUCGCCUUUGAAGAACUGUAGUGCUUUCUGAGGCUGGCCCAUUCUGGCGGUAAGCAUGAUGCGACUUCUGCCACUUCUGCUGGGGCUUUUGGGGUCAGGUGGCUACUUGUUCCUUCCAGGGCACGGUCAGGAAGUGGCCACUCUCACUGUGAAAUACCAAGUGGCAGAAGAGGUGCCGUCUGGCACAGUGAUAGGAAAGCUGUCCCGGGAACUGGGCUGGGAGGAGAGGCACGGGCAGAUGAAGGCUGCCUUCCAGGUCCUGCAGCUGUCUCAGACUCUCCCCAUCCAGGUGGAUCCUGAGGACGGCCUGCUUAGCACAGGGAGGCGGCUGGACCGCGAACAGCUUUGCCGGCAGCAGGAUCCCUGCCUAGUUUCCUUUGACGUGCUUGCCACGGGGGAUUUGGCUCUGAUCCACGUGGAGAUCCAGGUGCUGGACAUCAAUGACCAUGAGCCACAGUUCCCCAAAGGUGAGCAGGAGCUGGAAAUCUCUGAGAGUGCCUCUCUGCGCACCCGGAUCCCCCUGGACAGAGCCCUGGACCCAGACACUGGCCCCAACACCCUGCACUCUUACACGCUGUCUCCCAGCGAGCACUUUGCCCUGGAUGUCAUCGUGGGGCCCGAUGAGACCAAACAUGCAGAACUUGUGGUGGUGAAGGAGCUAGACCGGGAAAUCCACUCAUUUUUUGAUCUGGUGCUAACUGCCUAUGACAGUGGGAACCCCCCCAAGUCAGGCACAAGCUUGGUCAAGGUCAAUGUCCUGGACUCCAAUGACAAUAGCCCUGUGUUUGCCGAGAGCUCACUGGCACUAGAAAUCCAAGAAGAUGCUGCUCCUGGUACUCUCCUCAUAAACUUGACUGCCACGGACCCUGACCAAGGCCCCAAUGGGGAGGUGGAAUUCUUCCUCAGUAAGCAUGUGCCUCCAGAGGUGCUGGACACCUUCAGUAUCGAUGCGAAGACGGGCCGGGUGAUUCUGCGUCAACCCCUAGACUACGAAAAGAAUCCUGCCUAUGAGGUGGAUGUCCAGGCAAGGGACCUAGGUCCCAAUCCCAUCCCAGCCCACUGCAAAGUACUCAUCAAGGUUCUGGAUGUCAAUGACAAUGCCCCGAGCAUCCACAUCACAUGGGCCUCCCAGCCAUUACUGGUGUCAGAAGCUCUGCCGAAGGAUAGUUUCAUUGCUCUCGUCAUGGCAGAUGACUUGGACUCAGGAAACAAUGGUGUGGUCCACUGUUGGCUGAGCCAAGAACUGGGCCACUUCAGGCUGAAAAGGACCAACGGCAACACAUACAUGCUGCUAACCAACACCACACUGGACAGAGAGCAGUGGCCCAAAUAUACCCUCACUCUGCUGGCUCAAGACCAAGGACUCCAGCCAUUAUUGGCCAAGAAACAGCUCAGCAUUCAGAUCACUGACGCCAACGACAACGCACCUGUGUUUGAGAGGAACAGGUAUGAGGUCUCUACUCGGGAGAACAACCUUCCUUCUCUUCACCUCAUUACCGUCAAGGCUCAUGAUGCAGACUUGGGCAUAAAUGGAAAAAUCUCAUACCGUAUCCAGGACUCCCCAGUUUCUCACUUGGUAGCUAUUGACUCAGACACAGGAGAUGUCACUGCUCAGAGGUCACUAGACUAUGAACAGAUGGCCAGUUUUGAGUUCCGCGUGAUCGCAGAGGACAGGGGCCAGCCCCAGCUUGCAUCCAGUGUCUCUGUGUGGGUCAGCCUCUUGGAUGUGAAUGACAAUGCCCCAGAGGUGAUUCAUCCUAUACUCAGCAAUGGAAAAGCCAGCCUCUCCGUGCUCGUAAAUGCCUCCACAGGCCACCUUCUGGUGCCCAUUGAAACUCCUAAUGGCUUGAGUCCAGCGGGUGCUAACACACCACCACUGACAAGCCACGGUUCCCGGCCAUUCCUUUUGGCCACCAUCGUAGCAAGAGAUGCAGACUCGGGGGCAAAUGGAGAGCUCCUCUACAGCAUUAGGCAUGGGAAUGAAGCCCAUCUCUUCGUCCUCAGCCCCCACCUGGGGCAGUUGUUCAUCAACAUUACCAAUGCCAGCAGCCUCAUUGGGAGUGAGUGGGAGCUGGAGAUCGUGGUAGAAGACGGUGGCAGCCCCUCCUUGCAGACCCAAGCCCUGCUGAGGGUCUUGUUUGUCACCAGCGUGGAUCACUUGAGGGACUGGGCCCGUGAGCCUGGGACCCUGAGCACAUCGAUGCUGACAGUGAUUUGCCUGGUCGUACUGCUGGCCAUCUUUGGGUUGAUCUUGGCUCUGAUCAUGUCCAUCUGCAGGACGGAGAAGAAAGACAACAGGGCCUACAACUGUCGGGAGGCUGAAUCUACCUACCGCCCCCAGCCCAAGAGGCCCCAGAAACACAUUCAGAAGGCAGAUAUCCACCUUGUGCCUGUGCUCAGGGGCCAGGCGGAUGAGCCUGGCGAAGUCGGGCAGCCCCACAAGGAAGCAGGCAAGGAAGGGAUGAUGGAAGCAGGCUGGGACCCCUGCCUGCAGGCCCCCUUUCACCUCACGCCUACGCUGUAUAGAACCCUGCGUAACCAAGGCAACCAGGGAGCACAGGCUGAGAGCCGUGAGGUGCUGCAAGACACUGUCAACCUCCUUUUCAACCAUCCCAGGCAGAGGAACGCCUCCCGGGAGAACUUGAACCUUCCUGAGUCCCAGCCUGUGAUGGGCCAGCCACGCUCAAGACCCCCGAAGGUUAUGGGCAGCCCCACAGGGAGGCUGCCAGGAGACCCAGGCAGUGAGGAGGCCCCACUGAGUCCACCGGCCUCCUCGGCAACUCUGAGGCGGCAGCCGAAUCUCAACAGCAAAGUGACCCCUGAGAAAGAGUCGGGUCCCCGUCAGAUCCUGCGGAGCCUGGUCCGGCUAUCUGUGGCUGCUUUUGCGGAGCGGAACCCCGUAGAGGAGCUCACGAUGGAUUCUCCUCCUGUUCAGCAAAUCUCCCAGCUGCUGUCCUUGCUGCAUCAGGGCCAAUUCCAGCCCAAACCAAACCACCGGGGAAAUAAGUACUUGGCCAAGCCCAGCGGCAGCAGGAGCGCCAUCCCAGACCCCGAUGGCCCAGGUGCCAGGGCUGGUGGCCAGGCAGAACCAGACCACGAGGAAGGGUGCUCGGAUCCUGAGGAGGACCUGUCUGUGAAGCAGCUGCUGGAAGAAGAGCUGUCAAGCCUGUUGGACCCACACACAGGCCUGGCCCUGGACCGGCUGAGCGCCCCCGACCCGGCCUGGAUGGCGAGGCUCUCUUUGCCCCUCACCACCAACUACCGCGACAACGUGUUCUUACCAGACACUCCGGCCAUAGAGGAGCCGAGGACCUUCCAGACGUUCGGCAAGGCGCCCGGGCCUGAGCUGAGCCUGACAGGCACGCGGCUGGCCAGCACCUUCCUCUCGGAGAUGAGCUCGCUGUUGGAAAUGCUGCUGGAGCAGCGCUCCGGCGUGCCCGUGGAGGCCGCCUCCGAGGUGCUGCGGCGGCUUUCUGUCUGCGGGAGGACCCUCAGUCUGGACCUGGCCACCAGCGGGGCCGCAGGCAUGGAAGGACAGGGGGGUCCAGGUGGAAGGAAGGGGUCCGAGGGCAGGACUGGCAGCAGCAGCAGCAGCAUCGGCAGGGGCCUGUGGAUCCAGGAACCAGGGGCCCUGGGAGACGUCAGGGAGCCCAGGCCCUGAGGAUCCUGAGACAGGAGCUGCUUUCUAAAAUCUUUGAACUCACGGUCCAGAGGUGGCCCAAGAACUUUAGGGUGACCGAUGGUGCCCCACAGACGAGGCAGGGGCCCCACGACUAAUAGCUGGCUGAUUAAAGCAGCCCCUUGUUAGGGGCUGGCUCUGCCUGCGAAUUUUUUGGAGGACGGAGACAUUUGUGGCUGAAAUGAGUGUUUGCUGGCAAAACACAUGUAGAGCACAGAGGGUCAGACCUCCUGUGGAACAGAUGCCCAGGCGUGUCCUAAGCAAGAAAGGAAGGCCUCAUUGCAUACUUGAGGGUGGGGGCUGGAUCCUGGGGUGCCAGGCAAAGCUCUCUGACCUACUAAAAAGGAAAAGCACUGGCUCAUUCUCCUGUGUGCACCUGUCAAGAGGGGGAGGGAAGACACACAGGGUGAGGGUUCCUGGUCGCCCAUUCCCUGGCAGGAGGGUAUGCUGGACCUGGACAGGAGUAGGGCGCAUGGCACAGGGGUCAGUACACAAUGAUGAACAUGUGGACUCUUGACCCCACUUCUCUAUUGCUACAUUAUCAAAUAAUCUGCUUCUCAGCUGCAAAAUUAGGGCUAAGAAAAACCUGACUAUUUAUAGAAUGUUUAUGUGAACCAGGCCCCAGGCUUUACACUAGGAUUUAAUUUAAUUUUCCAACAACCCUGGGAGGGAGGUGUUAUCCCCAUUUCACAGACAAGGACAUGAAGCUUGGAGAAGCAGCGGGUCUUGCCCAAGAUCAAGGGUAGAGGCAGAGGGGUGCCUGAGUGGCUCAGCUGGUUAAGCAUCAGGUCAAGAUCUCAGGGUAAUGAGAUCAAGCCCAGGUGGGGCUACUCACGCUCAGCAGGGCUCUGCAACUUUCCCUCUCCUUCUGUCCCUCCCCCUGCACAUGAAUGCUCUCUCACUCUCUCUAAAAUAAGUAAAUAAAUCUUUAAAAAAAAAAAAAAAAGUAGAGGCAGAGCCAAGAUUGGAACCAGACUUGACCAACACCAAAACCUAUGUCCUUGACCUUGACACUAGACUGCCAGCCAAGGAAAGGAAAGGAAAAGGCCCCACAGGUGAGCUUUUGCUGGUAAUGGACUUGUCUGAGUUUCCCUCAUGAAACACUGUUGAAAAUAAUAUUUCUAAAGCUGCUCAGGCCUGCACGGCUCUGCAUUUCCAAGCACAAAACAAGAGGGACUUGGAUCUGAUUUGACGCAGGCCUGGGCCUCUGCAGGCUGCUGUCCUUUCCCAGCGAUCAGCCCUUCAGGUACAGAAGUCAUCUUUGCAGACCUAGCAUUCGUGGGUAAAUCUUCCUCUGUCGCAGCAGGUUUGGGCCUGUGAAUUCAGGCCCUAGAGGACAGUGUUUGAACUGGGUCUAUGAAAUCGAUAGUGACAGCAGCAAAACUUCCAGGGCAAGAGGGAGCAAAGAAAUAGCAAAUAUUUUUCCAAGGCUCAGCCUUAUAAUUUUCCUGGAAAUUUCCAAGCAGUCAUUCAGCCAGCCAUUCAGGUUCUCAGUAACAUGGAGCUCUCCUCGACACCGAAAGCAAAAAUUCCUUUCUGUGCUCCUAUUUCUGUCCUCUUUUGGAAGCCAGUACUCAUGUUCUCUGUCCACAGAAAUGGGCCAAUCAUAUUCCCGACCAAGGAUAAUGAAAACCAUGUAAACUUGGACUCCAUGAUGGUACCAUUAUCCUGUUAUUCCAUGUUACAGAUGACGAAAACGAGGCUCCCAAAAGUUAAGGGCUUAAAGAGCAGAGUCUCUGGGUCUCUGAUCACCUCACUUCUGUCCCAAAUGAUUUCCUUCCAACAUCUGUGACUUUUAAGCUGUUGGGUUCCCCAAGUCAAUGAGAGAGGCCAGGGGAGAUUAAGCAGGCAGGAUCUCCAGCUUGACCAGGAGACUGACACAAGGCAACACUGAUGCAUACUUACUUGUUGAAUGAAUGAAUGAACGAAUAAAUGAAUAAAUCAAUGCUUCAGAGUUCCCUUUUAUCUGUAUUGGAGCUCCAGCUAAGACGUCAUUAUAAAGAAAAAAAAAAGUUUCCAUUAUGUGAAAUCAAAGUCUAAAAACCACAGAACUAGAAUAGACAAUGUUGACCGCCACCACCCCCCCUCCUCAGUUACUAGGGGAUUUUUGAUGCAGAGCUGGCGUUGGGAGGGUGGGGAGAAGACAGGAUGGGGGAAGAGGCCACCUGAGAAACCUGGAAACUAAUUAAUUAAUUAACUAGUUAAUUAAUUUAAAAAGAAAUCUGGAAUCAUUGCUGUCACCUGGAUCGUUGGAUAUCCUGGAUCACUGCUUCACUCCAGUUCGGAAGUCCUUCAUCUGUAGACCUCGUGGUUACUAGGCAAAUCUUUGGAUAUAGGCAUUUCUCUAGGCAGAAGAUAGGAAGUCCUUAUUGGGUUCUCGAAGGCACAUGUUGACCUAUGAAAGGUUAUGCUGCACUGGUCUCAGUCAGGCCUCAACCUCCACAAACACAUGCAAUUUUAGUCAUAAGGAGCCAGAACAUUAUAUUGCCAAAGAAAAGGCAAGACUGAAAAGGCUGCCUUGCGCAAAGCCACAUGGCAGGUGUGUGGCAGGGCUAGGAUCUGGAUCUGAGAUUCGUAUGAUGUCCUUUUUUAAGAUUACAUUUAUUUAUUUGAGAGAGAGAAAGAGCAUGAACAGGGCGGGAUGGGCAGAGGGAGAAGGAGAAGCAGACUCCCUGCUGAGCAGGGAGCCCAACUCAGGCUCCAUCCCAGGACUCUGGGAUCAUGACCUGAGCCAAAGGCGGCUGCUUAACCAAUGGAGCCACCCAGUUGCCUUUAAUGUUUUUAAUAUAUCAACAGUUCCUAACCUGGGGUCCAUGAUUGGGCUUCAAGAUCCACGGAUCAGCUGAAUUGCAUGCAAAAUUGGGAGGAUGCACACUUUUCUAAGGGAAGGAGUCAGUGCUUUCACCACAUUUUCGAAGCAGUCUGUGACCUAAAUAAGAUGAAGGACCCCUGCGAUCCUCUCUGUCGGUCCUUGGUUCUGCCCUGCCCGCAGACCCUGGAGAACUCUCGGGUAGAGCUGUUUCUGUUCUGGGGUAACCGAUGUCCUGUUGGUGUGGGGAUGUACGUACGUGAGGUCAGUGCUCACGGGCACCAUGCAACCCCCUCCUAGCAUGAGGACACUCAGCACUUUCCCAGUAACAGGCUGAGAGUGACAGGGGGUAUGGUGACAGAAUGGAGUGUGCUGAACAGGAGGGUUACGGAAACUUCUUCGCAUCAGCCAAGAUGUCAAAGCUGAGACUUCGGACAUGCUCAGAACUGUUUUCACCAAGACGGGCUGUGUCCCCUGGGAGACUGAGGGAGCAGGCAAGCCAGCCAGCACUCAGUUAAAUGUCGUCUUAAUUUGGAAAGCGCAGAGGGACAUUUUUUAUCAAUAGUCAGCCGUUCUCCAGCACAAGGAGUGCGGUGCAGUGCUCAUUUGGAGCCUGGGGGCAGCUCAGAGACUGACAGGCAGCCUCCUUGUCUGUCACCCAACUUCAGCUUGGCAGCUCACUGACCCUACCUCUCUUCUGGCUGAAACAAGUGUGAAAUGGCAGCCACUACCCAUGGGACUCUGGAGAGAACCCAAUCCCCGCAGGAAGACAG